GCAUGACGUCACGUACGACCCUUUAUAACCCCUGGGGGCCGCCAUCUUGGAUUUGUCAAAGCGUAGUGCACUCGUGCGAACCUCGAGAGUCGUCGGUGUUUUGUGGACAAUUUCGUUGAUAAUUCUCUCAUUUUACAACCAAAAUGCCUCGCCGUGGUGGUGGUGGUUUCAGGGCUCGUACUAGCUCGCCUCCCCCUGUGGCCAGAGCGCCUCCAAGGAGCAGUGUGCCAGCCCACCCUCCCCCCUCCCAGCCCAUGAUGCAGCAGCCUGUGUCCCAGGGUCCAGGACUGAUGGGACAGAUGGCUGCCACUGCCGGAGGUGUAGCUGUGGGCUCUGCUGUCGGACAUGUGAUUGGCCAUGCCGUGACUGGAGCCUUCAGCGGUGGUGGCUCCUCCCACUCCCAGCCUGACGUCACCUACCAGGAACAGCCAGCACAACAACAACAACAACAACCUAACCAACAACAACAGCAGCCCUGCGGAUGGGAGAUCCAACAGUUCCUGCAGUGUGCACAGUCCCAGAGUGAUAUCUCGCUCUGUGAGGGUUUUAAUGAGGCAAUCCGGCAGUGUAAGGUGGCAAAUGUAACUAACGAUGAGUUAGAGCGGCUGAAGGCGGCCUUUAAAAGGUCGUCCAACCUGAACGGCCUGAUGACCAAGCCGGUGUUUAUGCGGGAAGUACUGGGAGACUCUGUGCCAGGGAAGCUCGCUGAGCGUAUCUAUGACAUAUUUGGUGGGAACACCAAGGGUCUGAAGUUCCCUGAUCUGGUCUGUGGUCUGGUCCUGCUGACAAGGGGCAAGAGAGAAGAGAAAAUAAAAUUCAUCUUUGCCCUGUAUGCGAAUGAUGCCCUGAGCCAUGUGCAGCGUAGUGACAUGGAGACUAUGGUGCUGGCAUGUGACAGUGGACAUGUGCCACAAGUCAUCAAGGACAGUUUUGCACAGAAUGAACGUUUGAUGUAUGACGAGUUUCGCUGCUGGUUGUUGGCGAAUCCGGACGCCACGUCGGUGACGCGAUGGCUGCUGAACAGUGGCGGAGUCUGCGUGACGCUCACGGACGACAGCGAAACUCCAACGUUCUACCAGACGCUAGCGGGGGUCACACAUUUGGAAGAGACAGAUAUAAUUGAGCUGGAGAAACGUUACUGGCAGCUGAAGAGCCAGUCUAAGACAGGGAGGUUUGAUCUGGAGACGUUUACCCUCCUCAUGGUGCCUCCUGUACCCAAGGAACUGUGUGAAGGUUUAUUCAAUGCCUUUGAUGAGAACAGAGACAAUCACAUUGACUUUAAGGAGAUCUGUUGUGGACUGUCUGCCUGUUGCAGGGGACCACUAGCUGAGAGACAGAAAUUCUGCUUCAAAAUCUUCGACACCGACCAUGAUGGGCUACUGGACAGGGCGGAGCUUGUUGCCAUGGCUACAAUGCUCAUCAUCAUCCACGAGGAAAAUGUGUUUGACAUCCAUACGGAUCCAGACAUGAAUAAGACCCACUGGAAGGCUGAAGACAUAGUGAAAGACAUCCUCAAGACACAUGACACAGACCAGGAUGGCUGUAUCACUCUGGAGGAGUAUCAGAUCUGGUCCAUGGGACAUAGGCUGCCCAAUGAUCUACUCAAGCUCUUGUUUCAGGUAUGCCACAUAGUGUUGGGAUUGAGACCAGCCUGGUCUGAAGAAGAGGGAGAAAUUGUCAGGGGUUGGUUGGACCGGGAAGAGAGAAAAGGUCUGAGGGAUAAGGACACCUGGUACCUAGUAUCCAUGGCUUGGUGGAAAAACUGGUGUGAAUUCACACACUACCAGGGAAGGUCCUACAACAAUGGGUGGGACACUUCCUCAAACAGUUCCUCAGGCAGCCUCCCUCCCCACCACUUGAAUGGUCUGGCCCACGCCUGGGACGAAAUCAGCGAAGAGUUCUCCCAAGACGAGGCCUCGCGAACCAGCGGCUUCUACAGCGAAAGCUCGUCCGCGGUCGAGAGCUUGCGUGGGAACGGAACCCUGAACCAUGUUGCAAACCACGUUGGAGAUGCGGACUCCAGAAGGACCAGUUCAGUUAGCUCAGGGAGUCGAGCGAGCACCAUGUCCAGUGAAGGAAGAGGAACACUACCGAGAAAACACCCCGCACCCAACCCCUUACCUCCCCAGAACCCUGGAGCCAUCGAUAACACUCCACUCAUCAUACCAGAAACUAGAAAGGUUAUGAUGUUGACCAAUGAGGGCGGCCGUUUGAAGCGUGACAGAAUCCUGAUCAGGGGGCGUGACUAUGAACUUCUCCCGGAGCCGGUGUGGCGGGCCCUGCAGAACUGGUACGGCGGUUCCCCUGCACUGCCCAGAACGGUGAUAAUUCCCAGCCAUGGGGACCCCUCGGCAGAACUGGAGCUGUACCCCCUCAGCAUACGGCUGCUCCGACACCAGGCCCCCCAGACCAGGGCAGGGGCACCGGGGGUCCAGCUGGGGGGGUUUCACUUCGGCCCUGGAGGUAUCACAGGCCCAAUGAACACCACCCCCCGCCGUUAUCUAGCGUAUGUAGCAGCCUUCAGCAGAAUGACCACCCUGAAGCUGAUGUACCAGUACCUGUGCAACCGCCUGCGAAUCCGGGAGGAUGACAUGAGACUCUGGAACUUUAAGGAUGAGAGCAAUGCCUAUCUCCUUGAAGAAGAGGACCACACCUUAGAGAUGUUGGGGGUUGAAGACAAUCAGCAGAUCCUUAUAGAAGUCCGUAACAAAGACAUGAGCUGGCCAGAAGAGAUGUCUUCUUUAGCCAACCAGAAGAGUCGAAUGGAGAAGAAGCAAGCUGCUGCAGAGAAAGGUGCCACAGGCCUGAGUAACCUGGGGAACACCUGCUUCAUGAACUCUGGGCUGCAGUGCAUCAGUAACACCCACGCUCUGACAGAGUACUUCAUCUCAGGCAGGCAUCUGUAUGAACUCAACACAAUAAACCCCCUCGGCAUGAAGGGCCACAUUGCGCGGAGAUAUGGGGACUUGGUGCAGGAUCUCUGGAGCGGCACCUCCAAGACAAUCGCUCCUCUCAAGAUGAGGUGGACAAUAGCAAAGUAUGCCCCGAGAUUUAACGGCUUCCAACAGCAUGACUCGCAGGAGCUCCUAGCCUUCCUACUGGAUGGACUACAUGAGGACCUCAACAGAGUACAUGAAAAGCCAUAUGUUGAACUGAAGGACAGUGACGGGAGACCAGAUGAGGAGGUUGCCAAAGAGGCCUGGGACAACCAUUUGAUGCGGAACCGCUCCAUUGUGGUGGACUUGUUCCACGGGCAGCUGAAGUCACAGGUCAGCUGUCUGCACUGUACGCACGUCAACGUUCGCUUCGACCCCUUCAACUUCAUGUCCCUCCCCCUACCCAUGGACAACGCCAUGUACGUGGAGGUCACAGUGAUGAAACUGGAUGGCAGUGUUCCUAAUCGGUACGGUCUCCGACUUAAUGCUGAUGAGAAGAACCUUGUGUUGAAGAGACAGUUGGGGGAGCUGUGUGACAUCGAUGUGAGUCAGCUGCUGUUACUGGAGACCUUCGGAGCCACAAUCAAGAGUUUCCCAUCAGACGGCCAGCGAGUGAGAUCAGUACUUGGAGGAAACCUGUUCGCCUAUGAGAUCCCUCCAGCACAGGACAGCAGCACGGAAGAAGAGAACGAAGGAAAGGCGGUAGAGAUGAGUGAAACCAGCAAACCUCAGUGCAAUGGAACUGUCAUGACAGGUGCAGGUGUUGCAGUGCAGCCGCUCCCCCCUGUAAAUAUACCCCCCGUGAACGAUGAUACUUCUCUGGCUUCAAGUAACAACACUCAGAAAGGACCUGCUGCUAGUCUCAACAGGAGCACCAAUGGAAGCCAGCAGCUUCCCCCUAGACAGGGCACCCUCCGACGCACCACGCACCUCCCCGCAGUAAACGGUGACGCCGGGUACACGCUGAACCAACCGGGCAGCGGGAGACAUAGUCGCCAGCCAAGCAACGCCAGUACCAGUACCACUAACUCUGUCAACGGGCAGUCCGGAUUCAACGGCUUUGUUGUUGCAUUACACAGGAAAAUGAUCCGUAUGGACGUGUACUUCCUGUCGUCCCAGAAGAGCCGGCCGUCUCUGUUCGGCACACCCCUGAUCCUGCCCUGCGGGGUGUCGUCCCUCCAGCAGGACCUGUACCAAGCCAUCUGGACACAGGUCUCACGAUUGGUCAGCCCCCUGCCGCCCUCCGAGGGGGGGCGGAGCAACCACGCCCAGGACUGUGAUGAUAGUCUGGGGUAUGAGUACCCAUUUGUGCUGAAGGCUGUACAGAGAGACGGCAUCACAUGUGCCUGGUGUCCCUGGUACAGGUUCUGUCGCGGGUGUGUGAUAGACUGUACGGAGGAGGAGUUUGCCAUGGGCAGUAGUUAUGUAGCCAUUGACUGGGACCCUACAGCACUGCACCUCAGGUAUCAGGAGUCACAGGAGAAGGUGUUUGAGGAACACGAUAGCGUUGCGGCGAGCCGUCGGGCGCAGUCUGAGCCGAUCGACCUGGACACGUGUCUGAAGGCCUUCACUAAGGAAGAGGAGCUGGGAGAGGAGGAGCGCUGGUACUGCAGCAAGUGUCAGGAGCACCAGCUGGCAGCCAAGAAACUAGACAUAUGGAGAUUACCUCCCAUACUGAUUGUCCACAUGAAGAGAUUCCAGUUUCUGAAUGGCCGUUGGUGUAAGUCCCACAAAAUUGUCAAGUUCCCCAUGAAAAACUUCGACCCCUCCCCAUUCCUGGUUCCCCGCGACCCCCAGAAGAUCCGCGAGCUGUACAGGAAAGAGCUGGAGACUCACCGCGUACGGACGACGUCGCAGGAGACGUCGGUGUCGACCAGCAGUCUGCACAAGGCAGGGUCGCUCAGCUCGCUGCACAGCGAGGGGUCUCCCACCAAGAGUGGCAAGGGUUCUCCCAUCCACAACGGACUCAACUACCUCAAGAAAGCAGUGUCUCCCAGACUGAGACGGAAGAAGAACUCGGUAAGCCCCAUGCCCAGCCCACGGAACAGUCCCACACCCAGUCGCAAGAGUAGCACGGCUAGCACACGCAGUAACAACAGUAACAAGGAGGUUGCACCAGAAGGCGUCCCCUGCUACCCUGGGUUCGCGGUCCGUUCCUCGGGGAGCAGCAGUACCAUCGACUCCACCCCCAGCGUCUCCCAGACCUCCCUGAACUCCUCCCAUGACCCGCCCACCGCCGCUGUCCACAACAACAGCCAGCAGCACAGCAGCACCUGUUCCAGCACCAAGGACAGUGACAGCAGCUCUCACAACGGGCACAGCAUCAGUGAAGUGGAGCUUGUCAACGGGAUUGGGGACGGGGACGGGAACAGCACAGGCACAAAGAACAUCUCCCCAACCAGGUGUCGGACCGUAGACGCCACAGAUAACCACCCGCUGGUCCAUGUGGACAGGGAGUCAGACGACAGCUCAGUGGACAGUCUGGACACGGAGCGCAGUGAGAGGGAGAGGGACCUACAGAGGUGGCUCGAGGGCGCCCUGGACACUGCACACAUCAGAUAUGACCUCUUUGCUAUAUCGUGUCACACAGGGAUCCUGGGAGGUGGACAUUAUGUAUCUUAUGCCAAGAACCCCAAUGGGAAAUGGUACUGCUACAAUGACAGCAGCUGCAAGGAGGUUCACCCAGACCAGAUUGACACCGACUCGGCGUACAUGCUGUUCUACGAGCGACAGGGUAUGGAUUACAAGAAAUUCCUGCCCGACAUUCAGGGCAAGCAGCCUGUCAACACUGACCCCAUCGACGACGAACUAGAAAACGAGAUGAAGAAAUGUGUCAUCCAGUGAGCAGCGCAUUAAAGGCAUCCAAUGUGAUUUCAGGGCAGCAAAACUGGGGCAAUCUUUGCGACAUUGACACAUACUGCUUCACAUUAGCAC